AGGGAGACAGAAUCUGAAGCAGGCUCUAAGGCUCAGACUCGCGAGCUGUGAGAUCAUGACCUGAGCGGAAGUCGGACAGUUAACCAACUGAGCCACCCAGGCGCCCCUUGAAACCAUAAUCUUGUUUUACAAAUGAGAAAACCAAGUUCCGGGGACUUCACAGAUUUUGGCACCAAGAUUGUCGGAAUUCAGAUUCGGUUCCCCUACUUACUAACUGUUUGAUCUUGGGAAGUUAACUGAACUUUUUCUGCCUCGGUUGCCUCGUCUGCAAAGUAGACACAUUAGCACACUUAGUUUAGGAUUGCUGUGAAUUUAUAUAUGUGUAGAACUUAGAACAGCAUCUGGCAUAAACUAAGUGCUGUUAAGAAGUGCUGUUAUAAGAAUUUGCUAGUAUUUGUUAUUGCCACUAUCAUCAAUUAUCAUCAAUCUGCCUGAUAUCAUAGAACUUGUUAGUGAUACGCCUAUGAUGAGAUGCCAAACUCGCUCUAAAAAGGUCAUGGCAUAAAAUAAUGUAGUAGUUAGUGGGGGUGGGGGUGGGGACGAUAAAGAUUUCCUUUCUGUACAGCUGUCCCUAAUAAAGACAAAAAGAAGAAAGAUAAAAAAGCUAGGUCAGCAGAAAUCUCUAUAGAAUGUUUCUUAUUAUGAGUAACACGUGAAGACCAGCAAAAUCUGUAUAUAUAGCACUGUUACUACAAAACCGUUAAAAAUUUUUCAUUAUCCAGGACUUGUGAAUGUGGUCGCAGUGCUCUUUUUAUGUUAGAACUCUGCCGACUCUGUUUAUAUUAGUAGGUCUUCCUAAAUGAGACUUCCUAUCGGGUGCUUUUAAAAUGAUUUGCUGUGUCUUCGGUAGUGAAUGUUCAUAGUGGAAGUCUGAAGUCUCUGAUGUUAAUUCCGUCUUGUAGUGAAGCAUAGCAGAAACCAAACCGCCAACUUCCUUGACUUCCUGAUCUUUGGGAUGCCAAUGGCAGGUACCACGUGUCCGCAGUAGCCCCCGUCGCGUAUAAAAUAACAAUAUGGAACGUAUUAAAGAAUUAACUAUUUUUUACCUCCACGCUCUCAUCAUCUGAUUGUGCUACCAAGGUUGAAGCAUUUGGUCAGCAUGGUCGAGUGUUUUUCAUAUCAGGUGCAGGUACUUAGAGUCAUAGGAGGUUAAAGCUAGAUGAGCGUUCUGAGGACAUCCAGUCUGACCCCUCACUUUACAGACAGCUGAGCCUCAGGGGGGUGAUAGCAUGCUACAGGUCAUACAUCAAGAUCUUAACCUGCACAGGAAAUGAAGGGAGGGGAGGUGGUGGUCUGUCCCACUGGUGGCCCGCAGUGAACCAUGCCCGCUGGAAGUCAUGUCGCUGUGUGGUCGCCUCCCCACGUAUCUUGCGUAGCCCUGUGACUGACUCUAACCAGCAGAAUGCAGCAGAAAUGACCUGUGCUGGUUUGGGGCCUGAGCUUUAAGAAGACCAGGAACUUCCACUUUUGCACACUCGGGAGCCUGAGUCACCAUGUAAGAAGCUAGGUCAUACCCUGCUGGACAGACCAUGUGGCGAGGAAGGGAUUCUGAGAGUACACCGAAAGAGAGAAGUGCGGCUCUCCCAGCAUCCCACUGAGUUCAGCCCGUAGUCCAGUUCCUUGCUGAAUGCAGCUGCAAAGGGGACUGCGGGGAACCUGCGAGCGCAGCCCGUGUUGCAAAAUUGUGACUAAAGAAGAUGGCGGUUGUUUUAAUCUGUUAGGUUUUGUGGUGGUUUGUUAUAUAUCAAUAUAAAAUGGAAGCAGAUGGUUUUACAAAUUAAGGGACUGUAAGAACAAGAAGUAUUUGAGAUACAAAUGAUGGCAAUCAUUGUUCCCCACCUUCUUUUACUGAGAUAGUUAAAUGAGGCCGCCCUCUACUCUCUGCCCCUCGCUUCAGGAAGGUAUUUUGAAAAUACCUGGGUGUGGAUUAAGUUUGUUUUUAUGUGAGAGAAAACCCCUAAGUAGCAGUGACUUAAAUAGGAACGUUUAUUUCUCUCACGUCCAAGUCUGGAGGGUAGGUGCUGGCGCUGGUAGGGUCCCUCUGCACUGCAGAAUCAUCGGAGACUUGGUUCCUUUUAUCUCACUGCUCAGACAUUUCUAGGAUCUGUCCUUUGCCCCCAGAUUCCACGGUGGCUCCUAGAGGCCUAGUCAUUACAUCCAUGUCCGUGGUGGUAGAAUGGAGGAAGAGUAGACCGAGGGCACAAUUCCUGUCUUUAAACCACCGAUCUGAGAAGUGCCGAAUGCCACCUAGUCGUGUGGCCGUAAGUGGCUGCAAAGGAGGCUGGGAAUGUCCUGUAGCGGAGUGCAUUGCUGCCUAGAAUAGAUUUAGAGUGUUGUUGCUAAGGGAGGGGACGGACAUUGCAGAAGCAGCCAGUAGUCUCCACCGCUGUGGGCCAUGAGUUUGUCUCCAGAGGCUUCGGUUUUCUCCUGUGCGAGAAUGAUGCUACUGAACGGCUUGAGAUGGCAGAUAGAUUUUGUAUUGAGGGCCAGCCUCCGCUGAUUGGCGGUGGCUCCUUCAGUGUUCUGUUGAAUCUGCGUCCCUAGGUUUUGACCUCAGCAGGGUGAGGAAGUCGUUGAAGUAUUUAUUUUGGGUGAAUAGGGGAGGUAAUAGCGUGUUGUCGUUUCUAUGCUCCUAUGUAGUCUUUUUUUCAUGUGUCGUUACUUUAACUUUAAAAAUCUUUUCGUUGAAAAUAUUUGCUGAUUUUGCUAACCUUUGGACUAUCUUUUUUUCCUCUUAAAAAUAACCUAAAAUUCAUUCCAUAUUUUUUUUAUCUAAAAACAUUUUUUUUUAAAUUCUUUUGUUAUUUUUGAGAGAGAGAGAGACAACAAGACAGAGUACGAGUGGGGGAGGAACAGAGAGAGGGAGACACAGAAUCCAAAGCGGGAUCCAGGCUCGGAGCUCUCAGCACUGAGCCCCACGUGGGGCUCGAACUCAUGAACUUCCCGAGCAGAAGUCGGACACUUAACCAACUGAGCCACCUGGGCGCCUCUAAAAUUCACUCCAUAUUUAAAAAGUCUGCUAACAAGCCUGAGCCCCAACUUUGUGCAGAACCUUCUCAAACCUGGACAUUGGCAUCAUGUAGAGAAAUAUUAAACCUCUUUAUACAGUGUCUGUCAGAAUAUCUAGAAUAUGUGGGGGUGACAUACAGCCUCAAGUCUUCGAUGCCUCAGGCAGUAACAGUUGAUUUCUCGCUCGCGCUCCGUGUGCGUCCCCGGUGGCUUGGAAGCUUUGCUCUACAACGUGGACCCCCAGGCUGAGGGAGGCAGCAUCUCUGUCUUCUCACUGUUGCCAGUGCAGGAAAAAGAGAACCUAGUAGGUUGUGCUCUGGCUCUUAAAGACUUGAAGACGUGGCACAUGCCAGUUCUGUGUACAUCUCAGUGGCUGCACAAAAUCACAUGGUAGCACCUAACUUCAAGAGGGCCCGGAAACGAAAUCCUAUCGUAUUUCUGGAGGGAGAACCGGAAAUAUUUGGUGAAGAGCACUAAUAAACACCACACAGGGCAGCAUGUAUUUUCACCCAAAUUUCAUAUGUCACUUUGGAGUUUGUUUAGUUACCUAUACUUGAAAAUGACCCUCCGAAGCCUCCUAUACUACAGUGUAUCAAUUAAGGGGAUGUGUUUAAUAACACUAUUAAAAAUACAAAACAUUUUCCAGAGGUAGAAAUACUAUAGGAGGCAUAGGACUUGGGCUCUUGAUUCUUUCUGUGCUUCAUGCUUGUUUCCUUUCUUCUACCCACCUGAGAGGAGGAAAGGCAGCAAAUGUUAAAAUUGGUAUGUAAUAUUCGUGAGAUUAUAGGUGACUUGAAAUCUGUUUGUUUGUUUCUUUCCCCAAAGGAAGUUUUUACAGCAUAUGCUUUUUUUUUCAGUCAGGGUUCCUUUGUCUGUUUUCUGUCUAACUUUAAAGAGCGUGUACUGUGCACCAUAUACUGGAGAAGAAACCAGAAUAAGACGGUCCCCACCCUCAGUUUCUGUGGAUUCAGGGCACACUAUUGUGGAAAAUGACAUAGCCUGUAAUGGAAGAUGGUGAAAAGUGCCAGGCAGCUUAGAGAAGGAAGAACUUAAGGCAGGGGAAUCGAAGAAAAGAAAAUACUGAGUUGAGUCUUGAAGAAUGAAAACAGACUUGACCGAAGAGAACAAGGGAGUGAGGAACAACUAGUCUGUGGCCGUUGUGGGUGAGGUGCUUUCAGGACUUUACCCGAAGGUCCUACUAACCGUCACAUGCAGCGGAAUCCUCAGUUGCAGUUUACAGAUGAAGGAACUGUUUCAGGAAGACCACACAGUUGGCCUCGAAGCAGAGGAAAAAUUACAGUGGAAGAUGAGGACAGCAUGGAUGGACUGGAGACAACAGAAACAGAAAAUAUUGUGGAAACAGCAGAAAUCAAAGAACAGUCUGCAGAAGAGGAUGCUGAAGCGGAAGUGGACAUCAGUAAACGGCCAGUCCCAGUCCUCGAGCGCUCGGUGUCUGAGGACUCUGCGAGCUCCCUGGUCUCUGUUGGUGUAGAAGUCAAAAUCAGUGAACAGCUCUGCGCUUUUUGUUACUGUGGUGAAAAAAGUUCCUUAGGACAAGGAGACUUAAAACAAUUUAGAGUAACGCCUGGGUUUAUCUUGCCGUGGAAAAGCCAGCCUUUUAACAAGAAGGACAUUGAUGACAGCAGCAAUGGAACCUGUGACAAAAUACAAAACUCAGCAUCACGAAAACAAAGAGGACAGAGAAAAGAACGAUCUCCUCUACAGAAUAUAGUAUCUUGUGUAAGUGUGAGCACGCAGACUGCUUCGGAUGACCAGGCUGGUAAAUUAUGGGAUGAACUCAGUCUGGUUGGCCUUCCAGACGCCAUUGAUAUCCAAGCCUUAUUUGAUCCUACAGGCACCUGCUGGGCCCAUCACCGUUGCGUGGAGUGGUCGCUGGGAGUGCGCCAGUUGGAGGAGCCGUCACCGGUGAGCGUGGACAAAGCUGUCGUCUCAGGGAGCACAGAGCGAUGUGCAUUUUGUAAGCACCUUGGAGCCACUAUCAAAUGCUGUGAAGACAAGUGCACCCAGAUGUACCAUUAUCCUUGUGCCGCUGGAGCUGGUACCUUCCAGGACUUCAGGAACUUCUUCCUUCUGUGUCCAGAGCACAUCGACCAAGCUCCUGAGAGAUCAAAGGAAGAUGCAAACUGUGCAGUGUGCGACAGCCCGGGAGACCUCUUAGAUCAGUUCUUUUGUACUACUUGUGGUCAGCACUAUCAUGGAAUGUGCCUGGAUAUAGCGGUUACUCCAUUAAAACGUGCAGGUUGGCAAUGUCCUGAGUGCAAAGUGUGCCAGAACUGCAAACAAUCGGGAGAAGAUAGCAAGAUGCUAGUGUGUGAUACGUGUGACAAAGGGUAUCAUACUUUUUGUCUUCAACCAGUUAUGAAAUCAGUACCAACCAAUGGCUGGAAAUGCAAAAAUUGCAGAAUAUGUGUAGAGUGUGGCACACGAUCUAGUUCUCAGUGGCACCACAAUUGCUUGGUAUGUGACAGUUGUUACCAACAACAGGAUAACUUAUGUCCUUUCUGUGGGAAGUGCUACCAUCCAGAAUUGCAGAAAGACAUGCUUCACUGUAAUAUGUGCAAGAGAUGGGUUCACUUAGAAUGUGACAAACCAACAGAUCACGAGCUGGAGUCUCAGUUCAAAGAAGAGUAUAUCUGCAUGUAUUGUAAACACUUAGCUGCUGAAAUGGACCCCUUACAGCCAGGUGAUGAAGUGGAGAUGGCCGAAGUCACUACAGAUUGUAAUAAUGAAAUGGAAGUUGAAGGACCUGAAGACCGUAUGGUAUUUCCGGAGCAAGUAGUUAACGAAGACAUCAGUGGUCAGGAGUCCACACCUGGAAUUGUUCCAGAUGCAGUUCACAUCCAUACAGAAGAGCAGCUGAAGAGUAAUUCACCAGAAAGUCUCGACACACAUGAUCUUCUCAUUUCUGAAUCCUCCCAAGAUAAAAUGAAUCCUGCAUUGGAAAAUCAGAUUUCUCAAGAAGUGGAUAGUGAAAAAAUGGAAAUGUCUUCUAAAGUGAUGCAUAUUUGUGAUGAAAAUCAAAAUGAAAACAAAAUGGAAGUGACAGAAAACGUUGACGUCCUCACACACCAGAUCACUGUGCGGCACGAGGAUCUGCAGCUAGAGGAACCCAAAAUGCUGGCAUCCGCAGAAGAAUCACGGCCUCCGAAAUUGUCCAUUGAAUCUGCCACUGGUCCCCCAGAGGCCCUAAGGUCCCCGUGUGAGGAAGGUACUUCUUUAUGUUCUAAGGAACAUUUGGCUGUAGAAAGGGUACCAGAAGCGAUGGAACAGAAAGAAAGUUCUGAAUCUUCUGCUGCAUUUAUGGACUUUGAAAUGGCCCCUGUAGUUGAGAGUUGUGUGAAAGAUGGUUUAUGCCAAGAAGACAAAUCUGUAAAAUUACCAUCGGAGACAGAGUUGUCAUUUUCGUCAGCGGCAGGCGUAAGCAAGGCAAAUGCGUCUUCCUCUCCGCUCUCUUCAGACUUGCCUUCCCAGGACACACUGCAUAGCUACCCUUCAACCCUCAGUGCUUCUGUUGGAAACAUUAUGCCAACGACUUACAUCUCAGUCACUCCAAAAAUUGGCAUGGGUAAACCAGCUAUUACCAAAAGAAAAUUUUCUCCUGGUAGACCUCGGUCCAAACAGGGGGCUUGGAGUACCCAUAAUACAGUGAGCCCACCUUCCUGGUCCCCAGACAUUUCAGAAGGUCGGGAAAUUUUUAAACCCAGGCAGCUUCCUGGCAGUGCCAUUUGGAGCAUCAAAGUGGGCCGUGGGUCGGGAUUUCCGGGGAAGCGGAGACCUCGUGGUGCAGGACUGUCAGGACGAGGCGGCAGAGGCAGGUCAAAAUUGAAAAGUGGAAUCGGAGCAGUUGUGUUACCUGGGGUGUCUGCUGCAGAUCUUUCGUCGAAUAAGGAUGAAGAAGAAAACUCUAUGCAUAAUACAGUGGUGUUGUUUUCUAGCAGUGACAAGUUCACCUUGCAUCAGGAUAUGUGUGUAGUUUGUGGCAGCUUCGGCCAAGGAGCAGAGGGAAGAUUACUUGCCUGCUCUCAGUGUGGUCAGUGUUACCAUCCAUACUGUGUCAGUAUUAAGAUCACUAAAGUGGUUCUUAGCAAAGGAUGGAGGUGCCUUGAGUGCACUGUGUGCGAGGCGUGUGGGAAGGCCACUGACCCCGGAAGACUCCUGCUGUGUGAUGACUGUGACAUAAGCUACCACACCUACUGCCUCGACCCUCCUCUGCAGACAGUGCCCAAAGGAGGCUGGAAGUGCAAAUGGUGUGUGUGGUGCAGACACUGUGGGGCAACGUCUGCAGGCCUGAGAUGUGAAUGGCAAAACAAUUACACACAGUGUGCUCCCUGUGCAAGCUUGUCUUCCUGCCCCGUCUGCUAUCGGAACUAUCGGGAAGAAGAUCUUAUUCUGCAGUGUCGACAAUGUGACAGAUGGAUGCAUGCGGUUUGUCAGAACUUAAAUACUGAAGAGGAAGUGGAAAAUGUAGCCGACAUUGGUUUUGAUUGUAGCAUGUGCAGACCCUAUAUGCCUACGUCAAAUGUGCCUUCCUCAGACGGCUGCGAAUCUUCACUUGUAGCACAGAUUGUCACGAAAGUGAAAGAGCUAGAUCCACCCAAGACAUACACCCAGGAUGGUGUAUGUUUGACUGAAUCAGGGAUGACUCAGUUACAGAGCCUCACAGUUACAGUUCCACGAAGAAAACGGUCCAAACCAAAGUUGAAGUUGAAGAUUAUAAACCAGAAUAGUGUGGCUGUCCUUCAGACCCCUCCGGACAUCCAAUCAGAGCAUUCAAGGGAUGGAGAAAUGGAUGAUAGUCGAGAAGGAGAACUUGUGGACUGUGAUGGGAAAUCAGAAUCUAGUCCUGAACGGGAAACUGUGGACGAUGAAACGAAGGGGGCGGAAGGAACAGAUGGUGUGAAAAAGAGAAAAAGGAAACCGUACAGACCAGGUAUCGGUGGAUUUAUGGUACGGCAAAGAAGUCGAACCGGGCAAGGAAAAACGAAAAGAUCUGUCAUUAGAAAAGAUUCUUCAGGCUCUAUUUCUGAGCAGUUACCUAACAGAGAUGAUGGCUGGAGUGAGCACUUACCAGAUACACUAGUUGAUGAAUCUGUUUCUGUUACUGAAAACACUGAAAAAAUAAAGAAGAGAUACCGAAAAAGGAAAAAUAAGCUUGAAGAAACGUUCCCUGCCUAUUUACAAGAGGCUUUCUUUGGAAAAGAUCUUCUAGAUACAAGUAGACAAAACAAGCUAAGUUUAGAUAAUCUAUCAGAAGAUGCGGCUCAACUUUCAUAUAAAACAAACAUGAACACAAAUUUCUUGGAUCCUUCCUUAGAUCCACUACUUAGUUCAUCAUCAACUCCAGCAAAACCUGGAACCCACGGUACGACUGAUGACCCCUUAGCUGAUAUUUCUGAAGUCUUAAACACAGAUGAUGACAUUCUUGGAAUAAUUUCAGAUGACCUUGCAAAAUCAGUUGAUCAUUCAGGUCUUGAUUUAUGCACUUUCCAGGUUGAGAGCUCACCUUUUCCAUUUGCCGGCAUAGAUAUUGGUCCUGUCGCUGAUGAUGCAUCGUCUUUGCCUCAGCCAAGUGUCAAUCCCACUUCACGACCACUAAGUGAAGAGCAGCUAGAUGGAAUCCUCAGUCCUGAGCUAGACAAAAUGGUCACAGAUGGAGCAAUUCUUGGAAAGUUAUACAAAAUUCCAGAGCUUGGAGGGAAGGAUGUUGAAGACUUGUUCACCGCUGUGCUUAGUCCUGCGACUGCCCAGCCGACCCCGCUAGCACAGCCUCCCCCACCGCCUGCACCUCAGCUGCUGCCCAUACACAGCCAGGGUAUGUCACCUCUAGAAAAGUUCCAUGUGUUUUCGCGGAUGCCACUCAUGAACGGCCUUAUUGGACCCAAUCCUCACCUCCCACAUAAUUCUUUGCCUCCUGGAAGUGGAUUGGGAACUUUCUCUACUGUAGCACAAUCCCCUUACACUGAUACCAGGGAUAAAAAUCCAGCAUUUCAUCCGAUGGCAAGUGAUCCUAACAGCUCUUGGACGUCAUCCGCUCCCACGGUAGAGGGAGAGAACGAUACAAUGUCAAAUGCCCAGAGAAGCACGCUGAAAUGGGAGAAGGAAGAGGCUCUGGGUGAAAUGGCAACAGUAGCACCUGUUCUCUACACAAACAUCAAUUUCCCCAGCCUGAAGGAGGAAUUCCCUGACUGGACGACGAGAGUGAAGCAGAUUGCCAAGCUGUGGAGAAAAGCGAGCUCGCAGGAAAGAGCGCCUUACGUGCAAAAAGCCAGAGAUAACAGGGCUGCUUUACGCAUUAAUAAAGUACAGAUGUCAAAUGAUCCCCUGAAGAGGCAGCAACAGCAAGACAGCAUCGAUCCUGGCUCUCGCAUUGAUUCGGACCUUUUUAAAGAUCCGUUAAAGCAAAGAGAAUCGGAACAUGAACAGGAAUGGAAAUUUAGACAGCAAAUGCGCCAGAAGAGCAAGCAGCAAGCCAAAAUCGAAGCCACGCAGAAGCUCGAACAGGUGAAGAACGAGCAGCAGCAGCAGCAGCAGCAGUUUGGCGCACAGCCCCCCGUGGCCCCGUCCGGCUCGGACACGCCGAGCAGCGGCAUACAGAGCCCCCUGACCCCCCAGCCUGGCAACGGGAACGCGUCUCCUGCGCAGGCGUUCCAUAAGGACCUGUUUCCGAAGCAGCUCCCCAGCGCCCCCUCGUCCGCGUCGUCAGACGACGUGUUCGUGAAACCGCAGGCUCCUCCCCCGGCUGCAGCCCCGGCCCGAGGCCCCCCCGUCCAGGAGAGUCUGUCACAGCCUCAGACCUGUCAGCCCCCCUCACCACAGGUGUUUUCAGCUGGGUCGGCUCACUCCCGGCCACCCUCCCCAGUGGUGGAUCCUUAUGCAAAAAUGGUGGGGACUCCGAGACCACCUCCUGGGGGCCACGGGUUUUCCAGAAGAAAUUCCGCUGCCCUGGUGGAAAACUGUGCUCCUCUGCCCCCAGUCCCCAGGCCUGCUCCGGUGAGUGAGGCCACGGCAAAUAGGCCGUCCCCAGUCAGAGACUUCUGUGCUUCCUCCACGGCAAAUGGUGACCCCUAUGCAAAGCCUCCAGACACGCCCAGACCUACAAUGACCGACCAGUUUCCCAAGCCCUCGGGCCUCCCCCGGUCUCCGGUGGUUGCCGAGCAGACUGCAAAAGGCCCUCUAGCAGCUGGCACCAGCGAUCACUUCAGCAAACCGUCUCCCAGGGCAGAUGUGUUUCAGAGACAGCGGAUUCCUGACCCGUACGCACGGCCCUUGCUGACACCCGCACCUCCCGACAGUGGCCCUGGGCCCUUUAAGGCUCCGAUGCAGCCCCCUCCACCUUCCCAGGAUCCCUAUGGGCCGGUGUCGCAGGCACCAAGGCGACUGUCCGUGGACCCUUACGAGAGGCCUGCGUUCGCACCGAGACCUGGAGAUAACUUUUCUCACAGCCAGUCAAGUGGCCCAUACAGCCAGCCUCCCCUGACCCCACAUCCGGCAACAAAUGAGUCUUUGGCCCAUUCCUCAAGGGCUUUUUCCCAGCCUGGAACCAUGUCAAGGCCAACAUCUCAGGACCCGUAUUCCCAGCCCCCAGGGACUCCACGCCCUGUUAUAGAUGCUUACCCCCAACCCUCGGGAACAUCUCGCUCCAACCCAGACCCCUACUCUCAACCUCCUGGAACUCCCCGGCCCACCACGAUUGACCCCUACAGUCAGCAGCCACCAACCCCAAGGCCGCCUACACAAGCAGACUUGUUUGUGCCGCCGGCCGCUAACCAGAGGCAUUCAGACCCCUAUGCGCAUCCCCCUGGAACACCAAGACCUUACUCUCAGCCACCAGCAGCACCAAGGCCAAGGAUUUCAGAGGGUUUUCCUAGGUCCUCAAUGACAAGACCGGUCCUCAUGCCAAAUCAGGAUCCUUUCCUGCAAGCAGCACAAAAUCGAGGAGCAGCUUUAUCUGGUCCAUUGAUAAGGCCACCUGAUACAUGUUCCCCAAGUCCUAGGCCCCCUGGACCUAGUCUUUCGGAAACUUUCAGCCGAGUUUCCCCGUCUGCUACUCGGGAUGCGUAUGAUCAGCCUCCAAUGACUCCAAGAACUCAGUCUGACUCUUUUGGAACAAGUCAAGUUGCCCAUGAUGUUGGUCAGUCAAGGCCUGGAUCAGAGGGGAGCUUCAGUGCGCCUUCAAACUCUCCAAUGAGUUCUCAGAGCCAACAGUUUUCCAGCGUCUCCCACCUUCCUGGACCUGUACCAACUUCCGGGGUCACUGAGACGCAGAGUACCGUAAACAUGUCACAAGCAGAUACAGAGAAAUUGAGACAGCGGCAGAAGUUACGUGAAAUCAUUCUCCAGCAGCAACAGCAGAAGAAGAUGGCAGGUCGGCAGGAGAAAGGGUCCCAGGAUGCGGUAGCGGGGCCUCUUCCAGCGCCCCUGCAGCACUGGCAGCCGGACAGCAUCAGCCAGGCUUUUGCUAGGGCUCCGCCCCCCUAUCCCGGCAGCAUCAGAUCUCCUGUUGUCCCUCCUCUGGGACCUAGAUACGCACUUUUCCCAAAAGAUCCACGCGGACCCUAUCCUCCUGAUGUUACUGGUAUGGGGAUGCGACCUCACGGACUUAGAUUUGGAUUUCCAGGAGGUAGUCAUGGUACCCUGUCAAGUCAGGAACGCUUCCUUGCACCUCCUCAGCAAAUACAGGGGCCUGGAGCUCCUCCACAGCUGAGAAGAUCAAUGUCUGUAGACAUGCCAAGGCCUUUAAAUAACUCGCAAAUGAAUAACCCAGUUGGCCUCCCUCAGCAUUUUCCACCACAGAGUCUGCCGGUUCAGCAGCAUAACAUACUGGGUCAAGCUUUUAUUGAACUGAGGCACAGGGCGCCCGAUGGAAGGCCACGGCUGCCCUUCACUGCUCCUCCCGGCAGUGUUCUAGAGGCACCUUCUCAUCCAAGACAUGGAAACUUCAUUCCCCGGCCAGACUUUCCAGGCCCUAGACACGCAGAGCCCUUGAGACGACCUUCUCAAGGUCUGCCAACCCAGCUACCUUUGCAUCCAAAUUUGGAACAAGUGCCACCAUCGCAGCAAGACCAAAGCCAUCCCGCCCAUUCAUCUUCUAUGGUCAUGAGGUCCCUGAGUCAUCCCUUAGGUGGUGAAUUCCCAGAGGCCUCUUUGUCAACAUCUACACCAGCUGAAACAGCAUCUGAUAAUUUACAGAUAACCACCCAGUCUUCUGAUGGUCUUGAAGAAAAACUCGAUACUGAUGACCCAUCUGUAAAGGAACUAGAUGUUAAAGACCUCGAGGGAGUGGAAGUCAAAGACUUGGAUGAUGAAGAUCUCGAAAAUUUAAAUCUAGACACAGAGGACGGCAAGGGAGAUGAAUUGGACACUUUAGGUAAUUUGGAAACUAAUGACCCCAACCUGGAUGACCUCUUAAGGUCAGGAGAAUUUGAUAUCAUUGCGUACACAGAUCCAGAACUUGACCUAGGAGAUAAGAAAAGCAUGUUUAAUGAGGAACUAGACCUUAAUGUUCCCAUCGAUGAUAAGAUAGAUAAUCAGUGUGGGUCUGUUGAGCCAAAAAUGAAGGAGCAGGAAGACAAGACUGUGGUUCCUUCUGAUAAACCUUCUCCGUGGAAAAAAUCCACUGGUACCAGUGAGAUAAAAACAGAAGUACUGUCUCCGGAUUCUAAAGGGGAAGGCAGAUGUGAAAGUGAGAAAAGCAAUGAGAGUAAAGACAACGUCGGCACCCCCAGCUCACAGGCUUCAGCUCACACAGAUGUCAGUGACGGAGAAAAGGCUGUCCCGCAGCCCUGCGACACGGAUCUACUGGAGAAGAGACCCCCCCGAGAAGCCACUGGCUCCACCCCAGGUGUCCGCGGCUCCACGCAGCUGCCUGCGGAAGACGUGAUAAACUCUUGCGGCAUAACCGCAUCAACUCCGGUUCUCUCGAGUUUACUUGCUAAUGAAAAAUCUGAUAACUCAGACGUCAGGCCCCUGGGGUCCCCGCCACCCACACUGCCAGCCUCACCAUCCGGUCACAUGUCAAGUUUGCCGCCUCCUUUAAUGACACCGCCCGGGCACAUGUUGGAUAGUACCAUGAAUUCUAACGUGCCAGUAGUCUCUAGGGUAAACCAUACUUUUCCUCAGGGCGUGCAGGUAAACCCAGGAUUCAUUCAGGGCCAGUCACCAGUUAAUCACGGUUUUGGGACCGGAAAACCUGCAAAUCAAACUGUGCCUCUCACGAGCCAGUCUGGACCCCAGCAGCUGAUGAUCCCUCCCACGUUAGCCCAGCAGAGUAGAGAGAGGCCCCUCCUUCUGGAGGAACAGCCUCUGCUUCUGCAGGACCUUCUGGAUCAAGAGAGGCAGGAGCAGCAGCAGCAAAGACAGAUGCAAGCUAUGAUUCGCCAGCGGGCAGAGCCGUUUUUCCCUAACAUCGAUUUUGAUGCAAUUACAGACCCUAUAAUGAAAGCCAAAAUGGUGGCCCUAAAAGGCAUAAAUAAAGUAAUGGCACAAAACAAUAUGGGCAUGCCACCCAUGGUUAUGAACAGGUUCCCCUUUAUGGGCCAGUCGGUGACCGGGGCGCAAACCAGCGAAGGCCAGAGUCUCCUCCCGCAGGCGAUGGCCCAGGAUGGCAGUAUAACACAUCAGAUUUCUAGGCCUAAUCCUCCAAAUUUUGGUCCAGGCUUUGUCAAUGAUUCACAACGUAAACAGUAUGAAGAAUGGCUUCAGGAGACCCAACAGCUUCUUCAGAUGCAGCAGAAAUAUCUCGAAGAACAAAUUGGCGCGCACAGAAAGUCUAAGAAGGCCCUUUCCGCGAAACAACGUACCGCAAAGAAAGCAGGGCGGGAAUUUCCAGAAGAGGAUGCGGAACAACUCAAGCAUGUUACGGAACAGCAGAGCAUGGUUCAGAAACAGCUAGAACAGAUCCGCAAACAGCAGAAGGAGCAUGCCGAGUUGAUAGAAGACUAUCGGAUCAAGCAGCAGCAGCAGCAGUGCGCCAUGGCGCCGCCUCCCGUGAUGCCAGGGGUCCCGCCCCAGCCACCCCUGGUUCCGGGUGCCCCCCCAGCUGCCAUGAGCCAGCCCAGCUUCCCCAUGGUGCCUCAGCAGCUGCAGCACCAGCAGCACGCGGCGAUUUCUGGUCACACCAGCCCUGCGAGAAUGCCCAGUUUGCCGGCGUGGCAGCCUGCCAGUGCUCCUGCCCACCUCCCCCUCAAUCCUGCCAGGAUCCAGCCUCCGGUUGCCCAGUUACCAAUAAGAACUUGCACGCCGGCGCCAGGGACGGUGUCCGGUGCAAAUCCCCAGAGUGGACCGCCCCCACGGGUGGAAUUUGACGACAACAACCCCUUCAGUGAGAGCUUCCAGGAACGAGAGCGGAGAGAACGCUUACGAGAACAGCAGGAAAGACAGCGAAUCCAGCUCAUGCAAGAGGUAGACAGGCAACGGGCUCUGCAGCAGGGGCUGGGGGUGCCGCCGCAUGGCCCCAUGCGGUCCCAGCUUCCGUUCUGCAGCUCCGACCUGCCUUGUGACUUUGCCCAGCCCCCACGGCCCCUUCAGCAGUCUCCGCAACACCAACAGCAGGUGGGGCAGAGCAUCCAACAGGGAUCUCUUAAUUCCCCUCCCACCCCAACGUUCAUGCAAACCAAUGAGCGAAGGCAGAUAGGGCCUCCCUCGUUCGUUCCGGACUCGCCGUCAGUUCCUGGCGGAAGCCCCGGCUUCCAUUCUGUUAAGCAGGUACACGGAGGUCUUUCUGGGGCCAGCUUCCAGCAGUCCCCAGCGAGGCCUCCUUUUGCACCUGCUUUACCCGCGGCGCCCGCAGUAGCCAGUGGUAGUCUCCCGUGUGGCCAAGACCCUGCCGCAGCCCACGGACAAAGUCACCCGGGGUCGACCCAGUCGCUCAUUCAAUUGUAUUCUGACAUAAUCCCAGAAGAAAAGGGGAAAAAGAAAAGAACAAGAAAGAAGAAGAAAGACGAUGAUGUGGAAUCCACCAAGGCACCAUCCACUCCCCACUCAGAUAUAACUGCUCCCCCCACCCCGAGUAUCUCAGAAACUACCUCCACACCCACCGUGAACACACCCGGCGAGCUUCCUCAGCAAGGAGAACCCGAGUUGGUGGAACCCGUCUGCCCGUCAACUCCCAACACGGCCGCCGGCCAGCUGUGCGCAGAGUUAGAAAGCAGGCUGCCCCAGAGUGAGUUAGCUCAGGGAGCUCCAAACCAACCCGCUUUCGCGGAGUCGGAGGCGGAAAAGCACUCCGUGGAAACCCCUGCCUCCACAGAAGAGGUGACACCGGAGACCACCGAGCCCCAGCAGUGCCCCGGCCAAGACGGGCCUGACCUGGAGGAACGAGCCAGAAAUAAGGUCGAGGAGAAAGCCGGGGCUGGUCCUGUCUCCUCAGGGCAGAGCCCUCCCCAUCCUGCUGGGGCCCCUGCUGCCAAAGGAGAUUCAGGCAACGAGCUUCUGAAGCAUCUGCUGAAAAAUAAAAAGUCAUCUUCCCUUUUGAGUCAAAAACCCGAAGGCAGCUUUUGUUCAGAAGAUGCAUGUACGAAGGAUAACACAGUGGUUGAGAGGCAGAACCCAGUCGAAGGAUUGCAAACUCUGGGGGCUCAGAUGCAAGGUGGUUUUGGAUGUGGCAGCAACCCCUUGCCAAAAACGGAUGGAGGAAGUGAGACCAAGAAACCGCGAAGCAAACGGACUCAGAGGGUGGGGGAGAAGGCCGCACCGCGCUCGAAGAAAAGGCGGAAGGACGAAGAGGAGAAACGCGCCUUGUCCUCUGCCACCGACACCUUUACGCACCUGAAGCAGCAGCUCUCUCUGCUCCCUCUAAUGGAACCAAUCAUUGGAGUGAACUUUGCGCACUUUCUUCCUUAUGGCAGUGGCCAAUUUAAUAGUGGGAACCGACUUCUAGGAACUUUUGGCAGUGCUACCCUUGAAGGGGUUUCGGAUUACUAUUCUCAGUUGAUCUACAAGCAGAAUAAUUUAAGUAAUCCUCCAACACCCCCUGCCUCUCUUCCUCCUACACCACCUCCUAUGGCUUGUCAGAAGAUGGCAAAUGGUUUUGCGACAACUGAAGAACUUGCUGGAAGAGCUGGCGUAUUAAUGAGCCACGAAGUUACCAAAAGUCUAGGACCGAAAGCAUUUCAGCUGCCCUUCAGACCACAAGACGACUUGUUAGCCAGAGCUAUCGCUCAGGGCCCGAAGACCGUCGAUGUGCCAGCCUCACUGCCGACACCGCCUCAUAACAAUCAGGAAGAAUUAAGGAUACAGGAUCACGCUGGUGGUCGGGACACUCCUGACAGUUUCGUUCCGUCGUCCUCUCCCGAGAGUGUGGUUGGGAUGGACGUGAGCAGAUACCCAGAUUUGUCGUCGGUCAAAGAGGAGCCUCCGGAGCCUGUGCCAUCCCCCAUCAUCCCGAUCCUUCCUAGCAGUACUGGCAAAGGUUUGGAAUCUAGAAGGAAUGACAUCAAGACUGAGCCUGGCACUUUAUUUUUCACACCGCCUUUUGGUUCCUCUCCAAACGGUCCCAGAUCGGGUCUUAUAUCUGUGGCAAUCACUCUGCAUCCUACAGCUGCUGAGAACAUUAGCAGCGUCGUGGCUGCGUUUUCCGACCUUCUCCACGUCCGAGUUCCUAACAGCUAUGAGGUCAGUAAUGGUCCAGAUGUUCCAUCCGUGGGUUUGGUCAGUAGCCACAGAGUAAACCCAGGCUUGGAGUGUCGACAGCAUAUAUUUCUUCGUGGGCCUCCGCCAGGAUCUGCAAACCCUCCCAGAUCAGCCAGCUCUUACCGGCUGAAGCCGCCCAGCGUGCCGUUCCGUCCAGCGAGCGAUGGUCUUUCUGGAUAUAAGGAUUCCGGUAUCGCAGAAGGCGCGGCCCUCAGACCACAGUGGUGCUGUCACUGUAAAGUGGUUAUUCUUGGAGGCGGUGUGAGGAAAUCUUUCAGAGAUCUGGCCUUCGUGAACAAGGAUUCCCGAGAAAGCUCCCACAGAGUCGAGAAGGACAUUGUCUUCUGUAGUAAUAACUGCUUCGUUCUUUAUGCCUCAUCCACACAAGCAAAAAACUCAGAAAGCAAGGAAUCCGCCCCUCCGUUGCCACAGUCGCCUGCAAGAGAGACGCCUUCCAGAGCGUUUCACCAGUACAGUAACAACAUCUCCGCCUUGGACGUGCACUGCCUCCCGCAGCUCCAGGAAGAAGCUUCUCCCCCCGCGUCACCCCCCAUCACUUUCCCUCCGGCGUUCGAAGCAGCCAAAGUAGAGGCCAAGCCAGACGAGCUUAAGGUGACAGUCAAGUUAAAGCCCCGGCUGAGGACCGUCCACGGUGGGUUUGAAGAUUGUAGGCCGAUUAAUAAAAAGUGGAGAGGGAUGAAAUGGAAGAAGUGGAGCAUCCACAUCGUAAUCCCCAAGGGGACAUUCAAACCCCCUUGUGAGGAUGAGAUCGACGAGUUUUUGAAGAAGCUGGGCACGUCCCUUAAGCCUGACCCUGUGCCCAGAGACUAUCGGAAGUGUUGCUUUUGCCACGAAGAGGGUGAUGGGCUGACCGACGGACCGGCAAGACUGCUCAACCUCGACUUGGACGUGUGGGUCCACCUGAACUGUGCGCUGUGGUCCACGGAGGUCUAUGAGACCCAGGCCGGGGCCUUGAUAAACGUGGAGCUGGCGCUGAGGAGGGGCCUGCAGAUGAAGUGCGUCUUCUGCCAUAAAAUGGGCGCCACCAGCGGAUGCCACAGAUUUCGGUGCGCCAACAUUUACCACUUCACUUGCGCCAUUAAAGCGCAAUGCAUGUUUUUUAAGGAUAAGACGAUGCUGUGUCCCGUGCACAAACCAAAGGGAAUUCACGAGCAGGAGCUGAGUUACUUCGCGGUCUUCAGACGGGUCUACGUUCAACGCGACGAGGUGCGACAGAUCGCUAGCAUCGUGCAGCGCGGAGAGCGGGACCACACGUUCCGCGUCGGAAGCCUCAUCUUCCACACGAUCGGCCAGCUGCUCCCACAGCAGAUGCAGGCGUUCCACUCCCCCAAGGCGCUCUUCCCCGUGGGCUACGAGGCCAGCCGCUUGUACUGGAGCACCCGCUACGCCAACAGGCGCUGCCGCUACCUGUGCUCCAUCGAGGAGAAGGAGGGGCGCCCGGUGUUUGUCAUCCGAAUCGUGGAGCAAGGCCACGAAGACCUGGUCCUGAGCGACUCCUCCCCUAAAGGUGUUUGGGAUAAAAUUUUGGAGCCCGUGGCGUGUGUGAGAAAACAGUCUGAAAUGCUCCAGCUCUUUCCAGCAUAUUUAAAGGGAGAAGACCUGUUUGGCCUAACGGUGUCCGCGGUGGUGCGGAUCGCGGAGUCCCUGCCUGGGGUUGAGGCGUGUGAAAACUACACCUUCCGCUACGGCCGCAACCCUCUCAUGGAGCUUCCUCUUGCCGUUAACCCCACAGGCUGCGCCCGAUCGGAACCUAAAAUGAGUGCCCAUGUCAAGAGGUUUGUGUUAAGACCUCACACCCUGAACAGCACCAGCACCUCCAAGUCCUUUCAGAGCACGGUCACCGGCGAGCUGAACGCGCCCUACAGUAAGCAGUUUGUGCACUCUAAGUCCUCGCAGUACCGGAAGAUGAAGACCGAGUGGAAGUCCAACGUGUACCUGGCCCGGUCCCGCAUCCAGGGGCUGGGCCUGUAUGCUGCUAGAGACAUCGAGAAGCACACCAUGGUCAUCGAGUACAUCGGGACUAUCAUUCGAAAUGAAGUUGCCAACAGAAAGGAGAAGCUGUACGAGUCUCAGAACCGCGGCGUGUACAUGUUCCGCAUGGAUAGUGACCACGUGAUCGACGCGACGCUCACCGGAGGGCCUGCCAGAUACAUCAACCAUUCGUGUGCGCCUAAUUGCGUGGCAGAAGUGGUGACUUUCGAGAGGGGACACAAAAUUAUCAUCAGCUCCAACCGGAGGAUCCAGAAGGGAGAGGAGCUGUGCUACGACUACAAGUUCGACUUCGAGGACGACCAGCACAAGAUUCCGUGUCACUGCGGGGCCGUGAACUGCCGGAAGUGGAUGAACUGAACGCAUUCCUCGCCGUUCGGCGGGCGGCUCGUCCCCACGGAGAAGCGAUUCGACGCACCGUUUGACUUCUGCAGAGACAGAAAGAGAUGUUUGUUUUCUGUUGUGUGACUUCUUGAAGCGAGCUUCUGGGAGUCCCGGCUCCUCGGCCCCGGGCGGGAGCCGCCGGGACGGCCCGGAACGGCCCAGCACUUUUGUUUUCUGCUUUCUCUUUCCUUCCUCCUUCUUUCCGCGGGUGGGUUUUGUUGUGUUUCGUUUUGUUCUCGAGUCUCGCCGAGGCUUCUACUGGGGCGGAGGGCCGCGGCUGCCGGGCCCCAGGGUGGGGCUUCCUAUGAAUGUAAGACUGAGAUCACCAGCGAAAGGGAGAUACGUCCAAAGUGCUGGCCACGGCCUUAUCUGAAAAAGGGGCAGGCCCUCUAACUUAAAAGUUUUUUAAAAUAAAGUAGACACCACUGAACAAGGAAUGUACUGCAACGACUUCCUUAGGGACGGAGCUAAGGGGCGAUAACUUGCACUAAAACACGUUUAAAUACUUGAUUCCAUGAGUCAGUUUAUUGUAGUUUUUGAUUUCUGUAAAAUAAGAGAAACUUUUUGUAUUUAUUAUUGAAUAAGUGAAUGAAGCUAUUUUUAAAUAAAAGUUAGAAGAAAGCCAAGCUGCUGCUGUUACCUGCAGAACUAACAAACUCUGUUACUUUGUACAAAUGUGUAAAUAUUUUGACAAGAAAAAAAAUACAGUAUAAAAAUAGUAUUGACCAAAUGCUACCAGGCUCCGCAGCAGCUCGGGUGCUUAUAAAAUGUUCACGGGGAUGUUACAAUACAACGUUGUGUUGUUAAAUAUGCCAUUAUAAUUCUGUAAUAACCAAAACUUCGACCUAGAGUAUUUGGGGUUUUUUGGAAACUACGGCCUAUUAGUACUUAACUGUUUUAUACGCCUUCCGAUGGAACGGAGUGUGGGCUGUGACUCCACCUUUUAUAGCCGUUUUGGUAAUUUAAACUAAUGUUUUCAUAUCCUAUUGUUGCAUCCCUACUUCUUCAGGUUUUUUUGUGCUUACGAUUUGUGAUAACUGUGAAUAACUGCUUCAAGAUACACCCAAAUGGAGGCUGAACUUUUCUUCAGCGAAAGUAGUUUUGACUAGAACUUUGUUUCAAGCCACAGAGAAUCAUGUAAACGUCUUAGAUCAUGUAGCAGGGCUCCAGUCUAACUCUCUAGCCUUCUAUUUAACACAAACAUUUGAAAAGGAAAAAAAGAGAAAAAAGAAAAAAAAAAAAAGAGAGAGAGAGAGAGAGAUUUGAUCAGUUGUGGCUGCAGGACCCGGGCCGAUAGGGUUUUGGAAGAUGUAAUUUUAAAAUGUGUUUGUAUGAACUGUUUGUUUACAUUUCUUUAAUAAAAAAAAAAAAACACACACACACACACACUGUUUUGUGUUUGCUUGUAGAAACUUAAUCAGCAUUUUGAACCAGGUUAGCUUUUUAUUUUGUACUUAAAAAUUCUGGUACGGACACUUCACAGGCUGAGUAUAAAUGAAGUUUCUGUGUGCACAAUUCAAGUGAGCUGUGAACUGUCGGUCUAUCAGUGACGCAGUUCUGAACUUGUAAUGUAUAUGGCAUGAUGUAUUUUUAUCUUACAGAAUAAAUCAAUUGUAUAUAUUUUUCUCUUGAUAAAUAGCUGUAUGAAAUUUGUUUCUUGAAUAUUUUUCUUCUCUUGUACAAUAUCCUGACAUCCUACCAGUAUUUGUCCUACCGGGUUUUUGUUUUCUGUUCUGUAUAAUAGUACCUAAUGUUGGCAAAAAUUGAAUUUUUUGAAGUAUACAGAGUGUUAUGGGUUUUGGAAUUUGUGGACACAGAUUUAGAAGAUCACCAUUUACAAAUAAAAUAUUUUACAUCUAUAAAA